GGAGCCCUGCCUCCUCUCCCUCGCUCAGAUCAAUGCCCUGGCCACUCACUUUCUGAUGUUGCACGACGGGAAAUGCUUUGAAUACUUACGACAUGGCCGCUCACACUGAUUGCCAAGAUUGACAGCACUAACCAUCGCCUUCACUUGUUUCAGGGGGGAAGCCCCCAGUCACCCCGCUCCGCGCGCACCUCCUGGCACCCGGGCGGCCAACUUGGGCUGCUCAGCCUCCCCCCCGCCCGGGGCAGGACACCCCUGCCGACUUGAGUUAACGGGCGGCGGGGCCGUAGCGCUGCGGGACCUGCUCCCUGGCUCCCCAGGCUUUGCUAAUUGACCUAGCAUCGACUCCCCUGCUUUCAUUAUUAUUAUUAUUUUUUUUUAUUUGUGUCUUUCCCUUUUCUUUAAUGCCAUUUACUCCCGCGGCGCUGCGCACAAGGAGCCCUCCCGAGCGGUACCAUCCUGGAGCCCGCCCAGGUAACCCGGACGGAGUGAGCGACUUAGAGCGAGGGAGGCCGAGCGAGAGCGCGCCGCCCGAGCGCCGGCUACCUGUUGGGGCGCCGGAGGGGGCAGGGGACCGGAGCCCCGGCGGGGCCUGGCGCCGGCCCCCAGCGCCUCCCACUCCUGCCCUUCCGGGCAGCUCCCGGAAAGAAGACUUCAUCUGGAUUCUAGAAGGCUUGGAAUAGAGUCCCAAGUGACUAAAUGCAGUGUCUUGAUGUGCAGACUCUAAAAUUUGAUGACACUCCAAUCUUAAGGACUGGAGCAACUUUGAAAGGUCACUUUCAUGAAUUCAAAGGCAAUUUACCAGUGACUUCUGGGUGCUGGGCUGAUUUUUGUGUGUAAUUAAGAAUGUCUUCCAAGCAAGCUACCUCUCCAUUUGCCUGUCCAGCUGAUGGAGAGGAAACAAUGACCCAGGAUUUGACCUCAAGGGAAAAGGAAGAGGGCAGUGACCAGCAUGUGGCCUCCCAUCUGCCUCUGCACCCCAUAAUGCACAACAAACCUCACUCUGAGGAGCUGCCAACACUUGUCAAUGCCAUUCAACAAGAUGCUGACUGGGACAGUGUUCUGUCAUCUCAGCAAAGGAUGGAGUCAGAGAAUAAUAAGUUAUGUUCCCUAUAUUCCUUCCGAAAUACCUCUACCUCACCACAUAAGCCUGACGAAGGGAGUCGGGACCGAGAGAUGAUGACCAGUGUUACUUUUGGAACCCCAGAACGCCGCAAAGGGAGCCUUGCUGACGUGGUGGACACUCUGAAGCAGAAGAAGCUGGAGGAGAUGACUCGGACAGAGCAUGAGGAUUCUUCCUGCAUGGAAAAACUACUUUCAAAAGAUUGGAAGGAAAAAAUGGAAAGGUUAAACACCAGUGAACUUCUUGGAGAAAUUAAAGGUACACCAGAGAGCCUGGCAGAGAAAGAGCGGCAGCUCUCCACCAUGAUCACACAGCUGAUCAGCCUGCGGGAGCAGCUCCUGGCAGCACAUGAUGAACAGAAGAAGCUGGCGGCCUCUCAAAUUGAGAAGCAGCGGCAGCAAAUGGACCUUGCUCGCCAACAGCAGGAACAGAUUGCGAGACAACAGCAGCAACUUCUGCAGCAGCAGCACAAAAUUAAUCUCCUGCAGCAGCAGAUCCAGCAGGUUCAGGGGCAUAUGCCUCCGCUCAUGAUCCCAAUUUUCCCACAUGACCAGCGGACCCUGGCAGCAGCGGCUGCGGCCCAGCAGGGAUUCCUCUUCCCCCCUGGACUAACGUACAAGCCAGGUGAUAACUACCCCGUACAGUUCAUUCCAUCAACAAUGGCAGCUGCUGCUGCUUCUGGACUCAGCCCUUUACAGCUCCAGAAGGGUCAUGUCUCCCACCCACAAAUUAACCCAAGGCUCAAGGGCCUAAGUGACCGUUUGGGCAGGAAUUUGGACACCUUUGAACAUGGUGGUGGCCAGUCUUACAACCACAAACAGAUUGAGCAGCUCUACGCCGCCCAGCUGGCCGGCUUGCAGGUGUCACCUGGAGCAAAGAUGCCAUCAACUCCACAGCCACCAAACACAGCAGGGGCGGUCUCACCUACUGGGAUAAAAAAUGAAAAGAGAGGGACCAGCCCUGUAACUCAAGUUAAGGACGAGGCAGCCGCCCAGCCGCUGAAUCUUUCGUCCCGACCCAAGACAGCAGAGCCAGUGAAGUCCCCGACAUCUCCCACCCAGAGCCUCUUCCCGGCCAGCAAAACCAGCCCCGUCAGUCUGCCCAGCAAGAGCACGGUCCCCAGCCCCAUCACGGGCAGCCUGGGAAGAGGAUCCUCUUUAGACAUCCUGUCCAGCCUCAACUCUCCUGCCCUGUUUGGGGAUCAGGACACAGUGAUGAAAGCCAUUCAGGAGGCCCGGAAGAUGCGUGAGCAGAUCCAGCGGGAGCAGCAGCAGCAGCAGCAGCCACAUGGUGUGGAUGGGAAACUGUCCUCUGUGAACAGCCUGGGGCUCAACAACUGCAGGAGCGAAAAGGAAAGAACGCGCUUUGAGAAUUUGGGGCCCCAGUUAACAGGAAAGUCCAGUGAAGAUGGGAAGCUGGGCCCAGGAGUCAUCGACCUCACUCGGCCAGAAGACGCAGAGGGAAGUAAAGCAAUGAAUGGCUCUGCAGCCAAACUACAGCAGUAUUAUUGUUGGCCAACAGGAGGCGCCACUGUGGCCGAAGCCCGUGUCUACAGGGACGCCCGCGGGCGUGCCAGCAGCGAGCCACACAUCAAGCGACCAAUGAAUGCGUUCAUGGUUUGGGCGAAGGACGAGAGGAGGAAAAUCCUUCAGGCCUUCCCUGACAUGCAUAACUCCAACAUUAGCAAAAUCUUAGGAUCUCGCUGGAAAUCCAUGUCCAACCAGGAGAAGCAACCUUACUAUGAAGAGCAGGCCCGGCUCAGCAAGAUCCACCUCGAAAAAUACCCCAACUAUAAAUACAAACCCCGACCGAAGCGCACAUGCAUCGUGGAUGGCAAGAAGCUCCGGAUCGGGGAGUAUAAGCAGCUGAUGCGGUCUCGGCGGCAGGAGAUGAGGCAGUUCUUCACCGUGGGGCAACAGCCUCAGAUUCCAAUCACCACAGGAACAGGUGUUGUGUAUCCUGGUGCUAUUACUAUGGCAACGACCACACCGUCACCUCAGAUGACAUCUGACUGCUCUAGCACCUCUGCCAGCCCAGAGCCCAGCCUCCCAGUCAUCCAGGGCACUUAUGGCAUGAAGAUGGACGGCGGAAGCCUGGCUGGGAAUGAGAUGAUUAAUGGAGAGGAUGAAAUGGAAGCCUACGACGACUAUGAAGAUGAUCCCAAGUCAGACUACAGCAGUGAGAAUGAGGCCCCGGAGCCCGUCAGUGCCAACUGAGGAGCUUGUGUUUGCUGAAUCACAACACUCUGACAUUUCACCCCUCCCCCCACAAAAAGUUCUUAAAGAGCCCGCAUGCAUUUGUGGCUCCACAAUUACAUCAGCAGAAUGGUCUUAAUUGUUUCGUAACGUGUGAGACAGAUUAAGUUUUCCCUGAUUUUUCAUGAACUUGAGUUUUUGUCGUUACUGUUGUUGUUGUUGUUGUUUUUUUUUAAAUUUAGGUGAAGACAUAUUAAAUAUGAGACACCAGGACUUGAAAA